AUGAGCAUCUAUCAAGUGUUGCGUAAGUUCGCAACUUUCAUAGGCCCGGGCAUCAUGGUCAGUGUGGCCUAUAUGGAUCCAGGCAAUUAUUCUACCAGUGUCUCCGGUGGUGCGCAGUUCAAAUAUACUUUACUUUUCUCAGUUUUCAUUUCGAAUAUCUUUGCCGUUUUACUUCAGUGUCUCUGCGUGAAACUUGGCACUGUCACUGGUUAUGAUCUUGCAGAAAAUUGCCGUCGUCAUUUGCCUCGAAAGCUCAACCUGGUAGUUUACUUUUUUGCAGAGCUGGCGAUCAUAGCGACCGAUCUGGCGGAGGUCGUAGGUACCGCGGUCGCACUGCAGAUUCUAUUUGGGAUUCCUUUGACUUAUGGGGUGAUUCUCACCGUAUUGGAUGUUCUAGUCAUUCUGAUGUUUUACCAACAAGAUGGUGCAUCCAUGAAAAAGGUUAGAGCUUUUGAACUUUUCGUUAGCGGUUUAGUGGCCGCGACCGUCAUCUGCUUUCUUCUCGAAUUGUUCAAGAUAACAAUUCCCGAUAAAUUGGAGCUAAUAAGAGGAUAUCUUCCCUCAGCAAUAAUCUUCAAGGAUCAAGGAGCUUUGUAUAUCUCCUUGGGGAUUCUGGGGGCUACAGUCAUGCCUCAUUCAUUGUAUCUGGGCUCUUCAUUGGUUAAACCACGUUUGCAAGAAUUCGACAUCAAACGAUAUGGCAAGGUAGGUAAGCGUCCAAGUGUCAAGGCCAUCAAGUACAACUUGAAUUACUCGUAUGCUGAACUGAUAAUUUCAUUGUUUCUGAUUGCAACAUUCGUAAAUUCAGCCAUUUUGAUUGUUGCUGGUGCAACUCUAUACGGUCAACCCGAGGCUAAGGAUGCUGAUUUGUUAUCAAUCUACAAUCUACUGGUUCAUUAUAUUUCGCCCGCGGCAGGUUUAAUAUUUGCUCUGGCAAUGAUCUUUUCAGGCCAAUCCGCUGGAAUCAUUUGCACAGUCGCUGGCCAGAUAGUCUCCGAAGGCUUUUUGAAAUGGUCACUGCCGCCAUGGGCAACAAGGCUUGGUACGAGACUAAUUGCGAUUGUUCCAUGUUUGUUCAUUACCUUGACCAUGGGCGAGCGCGGUAUUUCAGAUGUGCUUAACUUUUCGCAGGUGGUUUUAUCCUUGAUCCUUCCUAUCGUGUCAGCGCCUCUGAUAUACUUCACAGCCAACAGGAAAAUAAUGACAGUCAUUGACGAACAUGGAGAAGGAGAAAACGAAGAUGAGAACACUCCUCUGACAAUGCCAGGUGGCAAAACUGUUGAUUACACUAAUAGCAGAUGGUUAACCAUUUCUGCUUUCAUUGUUUGGGCCAUCAUCGGCGCAUUGAAUUGUUAUUUAGUUUUUAGCUUUCUGCUGGGAGCUGAUGUUCAUUUUUGA